AUGGAUCAAGAUGAAGAACUUGACAACAACACUCAUAAUUUGAAAAACAAAACACCUGAUGAAUUUAUAGUCACUACAAAUCCAAUAUAUACACCAUAUUUGUUAAGAUCAUUAGAAAAAGAAGAUCAUCCAUCAGCUAAUGAAAUUGAUGAAUAUAUGAGACAACCUGAAAUAACGACAUCCACCCCAAGUGAACGUUUAUUCAGUGAUGCUGGUAACUUAAUGACAUCAAAGAGAACCCGUAUUUCUCCAGAGCUUUUUAAAAGAAUGCUGUUUUUAAAAAGAAAUAUCGAUCAAUAUCAAAAUAUUCAUCCCGAAUAA